AAAAGAAGCAGAGUAGAAGCAUUCAUAGCAUCUAUUGAGAUGGUGGAUAACGAUGAUAUUUUAAAACCGGUGAAACUACAGAGUCAGCAACCAAAUGUACAGGGUGAACGCGGAUGGAGGCAUGGAAGUAAAAAUUAUAGAUUACCAGACCAUUCGGGGCGCGUCUCCGGCUGUCGAUCUGCUUUACUUUAUCUUCUCCGGCACCGACAAGAAGUUCCGCGACCAGUACUACGAACAGCUCCUGGACCACUACUACAAGGAGCUCAGCCUAGCCAUGAAGAGACUGGCUCUCAACCCUGAUGAGAUCUAUCCGAGGGAGGACUUCGACUUUGAAUAUAACUCGAAACUUCCAUUCGGGUUGACCCUGGCGAUGACGAUGUUGCCGCUGAUCACCGUAGACGAGGAGAACGCACCCAAAGUGGACAAGGACUUGGGCUUGCACAGCUUCGUGGUGAACAACACGAGCGACAUCCUCCGCGAUAGAAUCAACGAAGUUGUCGACGACUUUAUUCGCUGGGGACUUGUGUAAAAACAUUAACACAUCGAGGAUCGCCAGAUGUUACCGGUGACGCUAGAUGGCGCCACGGGAGUUUGAGUAACUACAAGUGCCGCGUGCGCAGCUACUCAUAAUGUCUGACUGUCGUCUAGAAAAAGGAAUACGAACACGUAUUUUUUGUUUUCCCUUAUGGAUGUAAUAGUCAAUAUAAAAAUAAUAUAUUUUUGUACGCUGACGCGACAACAAAGCAUGAUGAAAAAUAUAUUUUUCAAUAACACUUGUAAACUACCUAUGCUUAUAAAUAAAUAAUUUUAUUUGAU